CCCAACUCGUCCCCAUCGCAUUCGCUCCGCCAUACCCCGUAGUCUUGUCCUUCCUUGUCGUACCCUCUCUCUCCAUCCUCUACACAUCGCCCUCUCGCUGCGCAAUCUUCCCGGUUUUCCCACGAUUCCAGGAUCUCUUCCCAUGUCGCUCGCUGCGCCCACCGCUACAUAAUCCUCUCUCCCCCACUGCUUGUUCCGCCCCGAACGACUCCUCGACGGAGCGUUCGCCAUCUUCCAAUCAUUACUGCGCAGUAAUAUGUUGAUAAUACAACGGGCCGUCUCGGUCAUCCUAACAGCCACCGUCGUCGCCCUACUCUCCUCCCUCGCCAGCGCCGCUUCCACCGCCCGAAAUCCCCUCCGCUCCGUAUCCCUCAUCCGAAACCCUUCCAUCCUAACCCCGACCAGCCGUGUCACUGCCGUCUCAACAUUCGACCUCACCUUCGACGUCUCAGGCACCAGGUACCGCCUCAGCUUGGAGCCCAACCACGAUGUCUUUGUCCAAGGCGCAAAGAUCUCGUACGUCGAUGCCGCCGGCCACAUCACGAGAGAGGAGCCCAUCGACCGGCUAAAACACAAGGUCUACAAAGGCACCGCGUGGGUGCGCCGCGCCAACCGCUGGGACAAUGUGGGAUGGGCCCGCGUAUCGGUCCGACGGGACGGCGCGAAGCCACUAUUCGAAGGCGCCUUCACCGUCAACCAUGACCAUCAUCAUGUUCAUUUGGCGAGCAACUAUAAGAAGACGAGGGAUGAGCGGGAUCCCGACGUGGACUUGAAGGAUGACGAGUUUAUGCUUUUGUUUCGGGACUCGGAUAUGCAGUCUGAUGCAGAGAAUAUGGAACUUAGGAAGAGAGAGGAGGGUGAAAGAGUUGGGUGUGCGAGCGAUUCGUUGGGGUUCAAUAUGGAUCUGGACCAUCCGGUUUAUGCGAGCAUGAGACGGAGAGAUGAUUCUGCUACUACUCCCAACCGCUUCUUCUCCCCCCUCUCCUCCCUCCUCGGAAAGCGCCAGCUCGACGGCGAUCCCCCCGGCGGCGGCAACGGCGCUGGCGUCAACCUCGCCUUGACCAUUGGCAGCACGGCGGGCUGUCCGCAGACCAGGAAAGUGGCGCUCGUGGGCGUGGCUGCGGAUUGCAAUUAUCGAGCCGCGUUUGACAAUACCGACGCAGCCCGGGAUAACAUCAUCCAGCAGAUGAACUCGGCAUCCAACCUCUUUGAGAGUACCUUCAAUAUUUCGCUGGGCCUGGCGAAUCUGGUCGUCACGGAACCCCAGUGUCCGACUACGGUGCAGCAGGCGACGCCGUGGAAUCAGGCUUGUGGAGGGGACGUGGAUAUCCAGAAACGGUUGAAUCUGUUUUCGCAGUGGAGGGGGCAGCAGAGUGAUAGUUUCUCGCACUGGACGCUGCUCAGCACGUGCGCUACCCAGUCUGCGGUUGGGUUGGCGUGGCUGGGCCAGGCGUGUAAGUCGGGGUCUCAACCAAAUGGAAAUCCGGGAGAGGCCGUCGCCGGAGCAAAUGUUGUGGUGAGGACCUCAACGGAGUGGCAGGUCAUUGCUCACGAAACAGGACACACCUUCGGCGCCGUGCACGACUGCACGGCCUCGGCCUGCCGCAACUCCGAUCUGGUCAACGCACAGCAAUGCUGCCCCCUCAGCCGCUCCACUUGCGACGCCGGCGAAGGCUUCAUCAUGAACCCCUCCACCGCCCAAGGCAUCACGCGCUUCUCCGCCUGCUCCAUCGGCAACAUCUGCUCCGCCCUGGGCCGCAACAGCGUCUCCUCCGCCUGCCUCACCAACAACCGCGGCGUCAUCACCGUCACCGGUCAAACGUGCGGCAACGGCAUCGUCGAGGAGGGCGAAGAGUGCGACUGCGGCGGCCCCGAGGGCUGCGGCAACAACCGAUGCUGCGACCCCAAGACGUGCAAGUUCCGCGACAACGCCGUCUGCGACGACUCCAACGAAGACUGCUGCCGAAACUGCCAAUUCGCUUCAUCGUCGACCGUCUGCCGGCCGAGCAGCUCCGCGUGCGACCCCGAGGAGAGGUGCACAGGCAGCAGUCCCUACUGCCCCGAAGACAAGACCACGCCCGACGGCACGGAUUGCGGCAAUGGGCUCAGGUGCGCGAGCGGCCAGUGUACGUCGAGGGAUCAGCAGUGCAAGACAGUCAUGGGCAGUCUUACGCAGGGCAACGAUACGUAUGCGUGCGACAGCAGCAAUUGCAUGCUCAGCUGCGCGAGUCCCGAGUUUGGGCGCGGCGUGUGUUAUGGGAUGCAGCAGAACUUUUUGGACGGGACCGAGUGUGGGGCUGGGGGGAAGUGCCAGAAUGUAAGUGCUGAAAUGAUGAAAUUUCCCGCUUUUGGACCCGGAAACAAAUCCCUUCCCCGUCUUUGUUUCGCUCUUCCCAUCCUCGAUAUAUCAGGUUUCUUUGGCCAGGUGGAGGAUAUAGACAUGAUGAAUGAAUGGUUCACUAAUUCCUUCUCUACAGGGCCGCUGCGCGGGCUCUUCCGUCACAAACGAGAUCUCGUCGUGGAUUGACCGCCACAAGACGGUAGUCAUUGCCGUCGGGUCCGCCAUUGGCGGCGUCCUCGUCUUGUCCAUCCUCGGCUGCUGCGUA